UUGUCCAUAUUGCCAUAAUCCACUCAUGAAUUCUUCUUCUUCUUCUUCCUCCCUAAGUCCCUUUUUUCCAUUUCCAUGAACAAAACCUCUGUUUAUCAACCUCUCUUCAAACCCCUAAACAACUUUCUCUCUCCUUUUUCAUGUCCUAAGAAAACCCCACAAAAAUUCUUUGUUGAUUCUCCACACAGAGAGAGAGAAAAUGGGUUCUCUUGUCCCAUUUCAAGACCUUAAUCUUCAACCUGAAUCCACCAAUUUAACCUCUAAUUCUCCAACUCCGUUAAUUACCCCCAAAAUUGAACCAAAACUUGAACCACUGGAUGAAUUUACUCAAGCUGAUCUUCAAACCCCACCUCUUUUCUCCAACCCUAAUACUCUCAAUUUCAACUCCAAUUUCACUCCUAAUUCACUAUCACACAGCUCAAUUAUUACAUCUGAACAAAACCCAUCUGGGUCUAAUGAAACAAAUGUGUAUUCUGAGUAUAACAGAAUUUCUGAGCUGUUUCGUGAAGCUUUUGCUAAACGAAUGCAGCGUUACGGAGAUAUUGAGAUUGUUGCUGACCCUGAGAAUGAUGAUACCCGUGACGUCGAGGUGGACCUGGAUAAUUCACGUGCCAUUGUUCCGGUUAAUAAUGAGGAUAAUCAGGUUUCGGAAAUGGUAAUUCCUAGAAGAAAAUAUCAACAAAGAUCAUCUGAAUUAGUUAGGGUUACAGAUCUUAAACCUGAAGAUCAACGUUAUUUUCGUGAUGCUGUUAGGAGAACUCGAAUGCUGUAUGAUUCAUUACGUGUUUUAGCGAUGGUGGACGAUGAGAAUAACAUGAGUGUGGUGCCUCAUAGGAAGACUAGAGGUGAUUUGAAGGCUUGUCAGGUUUUAAGAGAACACGGGUUAUGGAUGAAUCGCGAUAAGCGAAUUGUUGGGGCGAUCCCGGGGGUGUUUAUUGGUGAUGUGUUCUUUUUCAGGAUGGAGCUUUGUGUUGUUGGUUUACAUGGGCAGGUUCAAGCUGGCAUUGAUUAUGUCCCUGCGAGUCAG